AUGAAGUUCCCCUAUGUUUCCCAGCUGUUGCAGACUAAAGUUCCCCUAUCUAUUGCAGACUAUGAAGUUACCAGCCACAGCUGCACGCCACUCAGAAACCCCACCCUGCAGUUUGUGCCGCUGGGGGUGGAGAUGAAGAGACCAAGUCUUCUCACCUGUGCCAGUACCUGCUCACUAACUCACCUGUGCUACAGCUUUGUCUUCAACCAAUUAGACACGUGCUGCAAAUUAGGUUUCUGGCCCACACUGUCGCCUCUAGCCCUCGACCACCACGACACCUACACGACACCAGACGUCUGGUGUGACACAGCGGCUGGUUUCGUCCUACAGCAGAGUGGCGAGGUCAGGGUUUGUGUCCGGAUGUCACCUGAUUUCUUGGACUUCGCUACUGCCAGAACCACAUGUGAAGGGUUUGCAGGAAAUCUGUACACCGUUAAAACACAGGAAAAGUUGUCUAUCCUGACGUCGAUUGGGGCGGCGUUGAACUUCAACUUCUGGGUCGGACUGGACGACAUCGAGAGCGAGGGCGACUUCCGGUGGGUGGACGAUGGCGCCAACAUCACCGAGGCUUGGAGGAGAACUAUAUUCAACCGAGAACAACCAGACAACAGAGGAGGGGCAGAAAACUGCGUCAGUUACAACACGUAUUACGUCCCCUUGAACGACGAUUUUUGUCUAGUACAGAUGAGGUUUCUCUGUGAAAUGUUGGUUUAAUUUUUGUCACAAGAUGGACUUCACCCGAUGGAACUAGACUAAACUGCAUGAAACUAGACCAAACCUGAUGGAACUCAACUUCAAAUUAGACCAAACCUGAUGAAACUGAACUAUCACAUGUACCUACCUUGCUAAAUCAAAACAAUCUUUU